AUGCUUUUGAAUGUCAUUUUACAGAUUCUUGCUUGCUGUCUAGUUUUGCCAGCUCAAGUUUCUGCGUUCUAUUUCUACACGUCUGGUGCUGAACGUAAAUGUUUCCAUAAGGAAUUGUCGAAAGGCACUUUGUUUCAAGGAACGUACAAGGCACAAAUUUACGAUGACGGAUUACAGGAUUACAGAGAUGCCGGUGCGCAAGAUUUUGGUGUCGUAAUUGAUAUUGAAGAGACGUUUGAUGAUAAUCACGUAGUUGUUCAUCAGAAGGGUUCAGCAAGUGGUGACUUUACUUUCCUUGCGCUAGAUUCAGGUGAACAUAAGAUUUGUAUUCAGCCUGAGGCUGGUGGCUGGUUAAUAAAGGCCAAAACCAAGAUUGACGUCGAAUUUCAAGUUGGUACUGACGAAAAGUUAGAUUCUAAAGGAAAAACCACAAUUGACAUCUUGCACGCCAAGGUUAACGUAUUAAACUCCAGGAUUGAUGAUAUUAGAAGAGAACAAAAAUUGAUGAGAGAUCGUGAGGCCACUUUCAGAAACGCGUCCGAAGCGGUUAAUUCCCGUGCUAUGUGGUGGAUUGUAAUUCAAUUGACUGUUCUUGCCGUUACGUGUGGCUGGCAGAUGAAACACUUGGGCAAAUUUUUUGUUAAACAAAAGAUUUUAUGA